AUGGAGUUGGAGAAGCAAGCACGGCGGAAGCCCGAGACCGGAGUCUCCCGCUUCCCAGAGCAGCCGGAGUCUCCCGCUUCCCAGAGCAGCCGGAGUCUCCCGCUUCCCAGAGCAGCCGGAGUCUCCCGCUUCCCAGAGCAGCCGGAGUCUCCCGCUUCCCAGAGCAGCCGGAGUCUCCCGCUUCCCAGAGCAGCCGGAGUCUCCCGCUUCCCAGAGCAGCCGGAGUCCCUCUUCCCAGAGCAGCCGGAGUCCCUCUUCCCAGAGCAGCCGGAGUCCCUCUUCCCAGAGCUGCCGGAGUCCCUCUUCCCAGAGCUGCCGGAGUCCCUCUUCCCAGAGCUGCCGGAGUCCCUCUUCCCAGAGCUGCCGGAGUCCCUCUUCCCAGAGCUGCCGGAGUCCCUCUUCCCAGAGCUGCCGGAGUCCCUCUUCCCAGAGCUGCCGGAGUCCCUCUUCCCAGAGCUGCCGGAGUCCCUCUUCCCAGAGCUGCCGGAGUCCCUCUUCCCAGAGCUGCCGGAGCCCCUCUUCCCAGAGCUGCCGGAGCCCCUCUUCCCAGAGCUGCCGGAGCCCCUCUUCCCAGAGCUGCCGGAGCCCCUCUUCCCAGAGCUGCCGGAGCCCCUCUUCCCAGAGCUGCCGGAGCCCCUCUUCCCAGAGCUGCCGGAGCCCCUCUUCCCAGAGCUGCCGGAGCCCCUCUUCCCAGAGCUGCCGGAGCCCCUCUUCCCAGAGCUGCCGGAGCCCCUCUUCCCAGAGCUGCCGGAGCCCCUCUUCCCAGAGCUGCCGGAGCCCCUCAGAGAGGGGGUUCUGGCUAUCUUCUAA